AUGAACUGCUUCCUUGCAAUUCUAUUAUUCACCGGUGGAACAUCAAACGAGAAUGAUCGUUUGGUAGUGAUGGAUCUUGCUCGCCCAAAGAAUCCUCAUCACACAUUCAUCACAAACAAAGAGCGCUGGUUCCCUAGUGUUGCUGGCAUAGAUGACUUGUAUGUGAGUCCGAGCCCAAUCAAAAAAGUUGGCACACACAUGACAAUAUAUUGCUCAAACCUUCGCCCCUCAGAUUAUCUAUUUGAAUUUAUUACUAGAGGAACAACGAGAAUAUAUCAAUGGGCAGAAUUCGGCUUUCAACAAAGUAUGGAGGCAGAGUCGAAAUGUUUAAAAAUUAUCGAAGAUGAAUUCAGACGAAAAUCAAAAAAAAAGCUGUCUGCUUCAGGAAUCAUAUCGAAGGAUGAGUGUUCUAUAAGUGCCAUUUAUAGUCUUGGAUUUCAAGGUAAAAUUAGGGUCAUUGCUAAAGAUGUAGAUACUCCCUCAAACAAUCCUGAUGCCCCGGUUGUCUCUUUUCAUGGGCCCAUUGACUUAUCUGAUGUGUUACUAAAUCGUCAAUUUAUCCAUGUAUCGACCAUCAAUAAGAUUUACUUCGGACUCGCCUGGUACCAAGGCUACCUGACUGUAUUCCGAAACGACGUCCAUAAUACAUGGCGCCCAAUCUCUAGUCACUCACGAGAUUUAGGGCAGAGUCGUCAAGUCAUUAAAUUCCUCGUCGCUACCAUUCCAGGCGUUCGUCUCAUCAUAAACAAAUUAGACACGAGUCAAAAACAUGGUGUUCCAGGACCAGAGAUGAGACAGCUUUAUGAGAAUAGUGAAAUCAAUGUCAAGAAUCCCAGCAUAUCGAAUCUAAUCGAUGUCCUUGGUCGGCAGGAAAAUAGGUUACAAGCUUCCUAUGCAAUUGGCUUCCUGGGAUCAGCAAUAUAG